UAAAUUUUAUUAAGUGAAGAUUUUAAAUCAAAUAAAAAUAAAGGAUAAUUAGUGUUGCAAUCUUUACCUUCUAGGUUAACUGUAGUAGGAAUAAUAAUAGGAGGCAACGAAUUAUCAUUUACUAAAAAUAUAAAAAUAAAAACAUCAACAUCGCUAUAAUUUCCAAAUAAAACAAAAAUGUCAGUAGUGAAGUUUCAAGGAUCUGUUGAUCCCGAAAACUGCAUAACUUCUAAAAACAUCUUUUGGAACAAUUACGAAUCCUCUAGGAGGAAAUAUCGAUGCAUUUUAGAUUUGAAAUAAAAUAUGAAGGUGCAAUCUUUAACGCAUCACGUUAAACUGAGCGUCCAACAAAACCAAAACGAUCUCCAUGUCGCCAAGCGGGUGUGUUACCAACUGAAAACCCAGUUUUAUUGUUUUAUGUAACUUUCCAAACGUUGUCAUGGUGAUCUAAGCAUAACAAGCCGGGCCCCUAAAAAGCUAAUAUUAUUUUGAUUUCAUUUAUUGUUCAAGUUCACCCAUAACACGAUGUCUGAAGUGGAAUUGCUUAAAGACGGGACAAAUGCCGAAGAAGAACAAGCCCUAGAAAUGGAAGAAUGGAGUGAUGAUGAACAUCAAUCACAAACGAAGAUCGAAAGUGACUUUAGCGCCCACAAAUUAAGAGCCACGUAUGACACUGAUGACGUCACAGAAAUAUUCGAUGAAAAUAUAUUUCAUGCUAAAGACGAGACAGAAAUGGACCACCUGCAGCAGGAAGAAGAAAAUGAUGCAAACUUGUACGACCCCGUCGAGCUAACCAGCGUGAACGUUCCAUUCCAAAUAAGGGAACUGUUUCAUUUUAUAACAAAGUACCGUCCCCAGAUCCUAGAAAUGGAAACAAAGUUGAAACCUUUUCUUCCGGAUUUCAUCCCAGCUGUUGGAGAUCCAGACGCAUUUAUGAAAAUUGAUCGUCCGGAUGAAAAAGUAGAAUUCCUUGGACUGACAGUUAUUGACGAGCCAUCGUUGAGCCAAAGUGAUCCGUCUGUUUUAGACUUACGUCUACGAUCAAUUUAUAAACAGAGUUCAGCAAAAACAGCGAUUGCAAGAACAGUAGAAGAAGGAAACAAAACCAAGGCUAUUGACAAAUGGAUCAAAGAUAUAAAUGAGUUGCAUCGUUUGAAACCUUUGCCAACAGUAACUUAUUUCAAGCCUUUGCCUGAUAUAGAUGCAUUGCUUCAAGAAUGGAAUUCAGACAUCGAAGAAAUUCUAUGCGACGACAAGUUUCUUCAAUCAGACAUACACUGUGAUUUACUUUGUUACAUUGACAUUGCGUGUGGAUUUGAACCAUACCGCCCAUACCUCAAAGUAAGGCAAAGCUUCCGGAGCUCGCCGAAAGGAGCAGCGCAGUCGAAUUCGUCUUCUGAGGAGAAGGAGGGGGCUAAAUGUCGACUGCUGGAUUUUACACAGAGGAAGCCAUCUCCUUAUCUCUGAAACCUUUCCAAGAAAGAUAAUACACAACAUGAUUAAUAUAGCUUCUGUACGCCUAAUUUUGUAAACGUCACUAUCCAUAAUUGACAAUUCCUUCACCAAACGAUCCUUUAAAUUGAUUUCUUUGUUUUUGCCUCAAAUCAAAAAAAUAAUUCAGCAACAUUUUUUUGGUUAGAUACG